ACCCGCCGGGGUUGCCGUUCCGGGGCGCGGUCGGGCGGUCGGCGGGGCACUCAGGGCAACAUGGGGUGCACGAUGGAGAGCCUGAGAGAGGCCAUAAAGUACAUGGUGGAGUCGCAGGGCUUCGACCGGGUGCUCCGCAAGAUGAAACUCCUUUCCGCAACUCCUGGAAAAGUUGUUUGUGAAAUGAAAGUAGAGGAGGAGCAUACGAAUAGAGGUGGCACAUUACAUGGAGGUUUGACAGCCACGCUUGUGGAUGUGGUGUCAACAGCGGCGUUGCUGUACACAGAAAGAGCACUGCCUGGGGUCAGUGUGGACAUGAACAUCACAUAUACUUCUGCUGCUAAGAUUGGAGAAGAGAUACUGAUUACAGCUCAGAUUUUGAAGCAAGGAAGAAGUAUUGCAUUUGCCACCGUGGAUUUAACAGAUAAGGCCACAGGAAAGUUAAUUGCACAAGGUAGACAUACAAAGUAUCUAGGAAGUAAUACAAGCAAGUAAUUUAAAAAAAAAAAAAAAGGGCUUAUAAUUCCAUAUCGAAUGAUUUUCUCAUUUAUACAAUAGGACAUCUGCAGUAAGUUUGGUAGUUUAUAUCAAAUGAAUUUGUCUCAGUCCCAUAAGAAGUGAACAAAUUUCUUAGUUACCACCAGAAUUGAUACAGGCCUAAAAUUAGUGCCUAUUUUGAGAUGAACAACAGAGUAUGAUAGCACGGGGAUGCAUCUGGCUUUUUUUGGUCAAAGUAGCAGAUUGGAAAAGCCUUUGCAUCAGCCAUAUGGUUUACCAGCAUGACAGUGUUUUAAGAGUUCUCCAUUUUCUUUGCCUGUGGUGUCAUCGUGUUACAAAGCAACCCAGUCUUCCAGCCCAUCACAGUCACAUUCAAACAACGCUGUAUAUGCUUACAAACUGAACUACUUGUGCUGUAAGACGGUAGUACAGAGAUUCCUAUAAUAUAGUGUGAAGCUGGUUUGAAAGUGUAAAGUAGGCUAAUACAAAAUGUAAUUUACUGAUGCUGUAAUAAAGUCAAGUGUUCAAUAAAGCUUUCUGAAACUAC